UGACAGUAUCACCUCAAGAUCCAAUCAUCCUCAUGACUUACCUUUGCUUCAUGACAUCCUCUAAAUCGUUCCCCGGAUUGAGAUCAUAAUUCCAGGAAUCAGCUGGCACCAACCCCCACCUCCCCUAGUCUCAUCUUCCGCCUCCCCUUUUCGUUUCCCUUUGGCUUUCCCUUUCCAGGUUCCCUUCCUUUCCUGUUCCCCACCUCUCUCUCCUCUCUGCUCACUCUUGUUUGUUCGUCUGGGAAAAGAAAAACCUUCACAGUCAUGGAGCUCCAAUCCUCAUCCCGUUAAGUCAUGCACGACUGACCUUUGAAGAGAGUCUGACUCUGCAAAUCAUGGCCGACUUCUCUCGAUUGCCCCCCCGAGGCAGCACUUCCCCAGCAGCGCCGCCGCCUCCCCCACCUCCAGCUCCUGUGCAACAAAGUCACAACAAAUAUUCCAACCGCGCGGCCAGUGCUUUAGCAAGAUUUGCCCAGCCUUUUUUCUCCGGGUCUCGACCUCCUAGCCCGCAUACGCAAAGUGGCCGUGCAGAUCUAUCUGCUGGUCCCCGUUCCACUAGGUCCAAGUCCUUACCUGGUGCUUCUCAAACGAUCUCCCACAAAACUGGGAUUCCUAUAGCUGCGUUGGACGUCUCCCCUCAGCGGACCCAUGCAGUUAUUGGCGGCAAAGAAAUUUUGAAAACGAUCCGGGUCUCGCCUGAUCACUCGUCCGAGGAAUUCAAUCUUCGCAAUGCGAUCAUCAGCUAUUCUUCUACUCACCAUGUCGGGACUGGGCUUUCCGCUCGGCACAAAGACCAGCUGACUGUCAGAGAUGUGAAGUGGUCACAUGGUGAGCAUGACCAAAUUAUCGCCACCGCAGUGGCCAACGGCCGCAUCGUGGUCUACGACCUGUAUCGGACAGGCUUAGAAUGCUGCCGAUUCCAGGGACAUAGUCGUCAAGUUCACAGACUAGCCUUCAAUCCGUAUCAUUCAUCAUGGCUGCUGUCCGGAAGCCAGGACUCUUCAAUUCGUAUGUGGGAUUUGCGCGCAGCAUCAACAGAACGGGGCGUCUUGGUGUGUGGAAGUACGGAGUUAUUUAAUGGUAACAGUGACGCUGUUCGUGACAUUAGAUGGUCACCGACCGACAGAGUCCUGUUUGCAACAGCCACAGAUAGUGGAGCAAUACAGCUGUGGGACUGCCGUAAGACCAGUGCACCGUUGAUGCGGAUUACUGCUCAUGAUCGGCCAUGCUUUUCGGUUGACUGGCAUCCUGAUGGAAAACACCUUGUUAGUGGAGGCACAGAUCGACAAGUCAAGGUCUGGGAUUUUUCUACCACAGCAGAGAGAAGACAGAAGCCGGCGUUUCAGUUCCGGACCCCUCAGGCUGUUCUCAAUGUCCGUUGGCGGCCUCCAUCAUGGGCGAGGGAGCCGGAGGGUGCUGGCGAUUGGCAGUCGUCGCAGGUGGUGACAUCUUAUGAGAAGGAAGAUCCACGAGUACAUCUUUGGGAUCUUCGUCGACCCCAUAUCCCUUUCCGCGAGUUUGAUCGUUAUGAUGCUCACGCCACCGAUUUACUUUGGCAUUCGAAGGAUUUAUUGUGGACGGUAGGCGAGGCUGGUGCCUUUACUCAGACCGAUGUUCGAUAUGCUCCCCAAGUGGUCAAUCAACGGCCGACCUGUGCUGUCGCCUGGAGCCCAAGGGGAGAGGUGCUUGCUUUUGUCCAGAAACGUCCCCGACGAAGCCCCCUAGGACUAAGUGCUGCUGAGUUCGUGGGUCCCCAGCAGGAAGAGAGCAGUAGUGGAGAAGUUUUGAGCCAGAGCCCUGUGGACGACCUCCUUGAUGAAGCCCCUCUUACCUCGAUUCGACAUCGAUACAGUAAGUCAAGUAGUGUUCGGCAGUCGAAAUCAUUAAGCAGUACUCCCCCCAGUGCAUCAGAACUUAUCCCCAUUCUUCCACUGGAGAGAUUACUGUCCAAGAUUAAAGCUCCAGAGGCACGUCAGCUUGGGGUAGUUGGAAGUAUUCCAGGUGCUACAUUAGAUCAGGACACAUUCCAUUAUCUGGCUUCGCACUAUUAUCCGCUAUUCACCGAGUCGGAGACCGUCCUUGGGAAUCCAAUCCAGUCCUUGCUUGGAUCACUUGGGCACAAUGCACAGUGCUCAGAAGACCUAUCUCUAUUCAAGCUCGCCCAGACCUGGCGGGUUAUUCAAUACGCCGUCAUCCAGGAACUUGAACUUAGAGCUAAGCAACAGCCUUCUUCACUCGAUAAGGGACUUCGGAGUAUGAAGAAACAACCGUCUAAAGAAGGCCCCGUCUCAGAAAAACAGCGGACAAUGGAGGACGACCGACAAGAAAAAUUUAAGAACAAGCUGAUCAAGAGCGUCAUUGAAGGCGAUGCAUCGAAGCACCCUCUCACAGAUACUGAGGGUGCUUCGAAUAUGACCACCCCACUUGCACAACCAUUACCUGAUUCCCCUCUCGGAUCUCUGGAUAGUUCAAUCUCCCACAUGACAUCCCUAAAUGACAUUACAGACAUUCAACAGCUUCCAGCAUCAGUCUUGAGUCCUAAUAUUGGGACAAUGUCAUCGAAUGAUUGGUCAUCGGUGUCAGAUGUCGACCCUCGGCCAAUCCGCGACUUCCAUGAGAAUCGAACGCAGUCAAAUCAAGGCGCCCAUAUUGCGCCGGAGAGUCUGCCGCCCGAUUUUUUGCGUCCUGCUGUUGCCCAUGAUGUGGCCGAUGACCAGCGAUCUGCGCCGAGAGCCAUUACUGGCAGAACAGACUGGCACAUCAAAAAACCGGCAGGCGUUUCGAAAGAUGCGUCUGAGGUGGAUGAAUAUGAUUUGAAGAUGGAAGAUAAACGGGCAGCAAUCCGUGACUACAAGCUUCAUCCGAAGAAAGUGCUAACGCUUGAAUCUCGGACGCAGACUGACAAGCCCCCAACAUAUCAUCGCCAAGAAUCAUCCGAAAGUUUCCCAAUGUUCUCUGCAUCGACCGAAAGUUCACAUCCCUCUAGAUACAUGGGCACGUCGCUUUCUUCUGCCGCAAGACUUCACGAGACACAUGAGACUGAAGAUCAAGGCCAGCAGGUGGAUGUACCCAUCCCCAGCAAUAGCAUACCAAGGGCUAGAGGAGAAUCCAUCCUAGGUCCUGAUAUUGUGCAUGAGUCUGAAGUUACCCGCAGAGAGCCACUUGAGGAGGGAGUGUUCUCUGGUUCCGAUACUGUACAUCUUGAUCGUCCUUCUAGUCCACCUCCGCUUCUCAAGGAAAGCCGACCAUUAGAGCCUUGUAUUCUGGGAGAAGGGUCUCAGACACUGCACACUGGCUUAGGUGCUCAGGCCAUCUCUGGUGUAUCGAGACAGUUUUCAGACGUCAGUAUACCGAUUACUCCCGAUACAGCCACUAACAAGCCCUGGAGCGUUGAGCUUCUCUUCAAGGAAGCGGUCAGGCACUAUCAUAGUGGUGCUGUUGUCGACAUUCAGUCUGCCGCCCAUCUCCUUUUGAAACUGCGAACUCUGUUCCAGGAUUGCGACAAGAUUCUACCCAGUGAAGAGACUGAAAUCAUAUUCAAAGCCUACAAUGAGCGACUGCUACGUCAGUCAAUGUACAUAGAGGCGGCUGAGCUUCGGCUCCUCUGUGUACCAUCUUACCCAGCAGUCUAUGAAUACGCCCAGGCGGACACAUACAUGAACGUAUUCUGUUUCUCAUGCAAACGGCCCUACGAGAAUCCCAAAAGUGAUAAUGGGCGAUGCUAUCGCUGCAAUACCCCUCAGGACCCAUGUGCUAUCUGUAUGAGCGCCGAUCCUCCCCCGGAGUGGGUUGCAGAGCUUUCGACGUCAUCGGACCUUCCCGAUCUCGGAUCUGGUUCACCAUAUACCUUGUCUGCUUCACAUUCCUCUCUGGGAACAGAGCCAAUACCUCAGUCUGAAGUACAGCAUAUGGACGCUAUGUUCUCCGAAAAUUCCCAGCCACCUCGACCCAAAGGAGCCACUCUCUGGACGUGGUGUCAAGGCUGUGGCCACGGAGGGCAUCUAGCUUGCAUCAAUACCUGGCUGAAAGACGUAUCCGUCAGCGAGGGUGGUUGCGCAACCCCUGGAUGUAUGCAUGACUGUGGCCCUGGGCCCCGCCGUGAACACAACCGGUCUGUAUUGCUGGAGGAGUCUAAGAAACGAGAUUCCGCUGGUCGUAAGGCUGGUGUGGGCUUUGUCAAGCGAGAUACCUGGGCCAAAGGGGAAAGCAGGGCAGUGGAGAAGGUUCGUGGUAUGCUCGGGGUCGGUGCUUCAGCUGGAAGUACUUCCACCACAGCCACCACCAGCGCCGGGCCCAGUGGAGCUUCUUCUGCCACGAUGUCUCCCAAAAAGGUUCGACUGGUCACACCUAGUGAACAAGGAAAACCGCGGCGGAGUGGCCAUCGAACAAGUUUUGGCGGCAGUGGCAGUGGGCUAAGCAGUUGAACCUAGUUCCGAUCGUGUGAUCUGAAGCGGAUAAUUGGUAGACGAGCCUGGAGGUAUCUUACCUUUCAUCGUUCCUGUUCCUUGUCUUAAUCACAAACUGAGACAUCAUCGUCGAGCCUUUCACUUCAGCAUCUUAUACCCAGUGAAAUGGACACAGAAAUCGGGGUUGAGAUGACGACUGUACAUAGAGUAAUGCAACU